AUGAUGCAGCACAUUACCGAAGCCACGGGUAGUUGCCGAGCUCCGACGACGCCCCUGGAUCACGCUGGGAAAUGUCUUGUCUCGUAUCAUACAAACUCAGCACAGGCGGGCCAUCACACUAGAGGAUUCCACCGAUGCUGUCUGGUGGCACAAAAAGAGUCACUCAUCAAAUUACCAGCAUUGACAGAUUGCACAAAGGCAAGUCAGAAUUCCGCCCAUUCAUCGAUCUCAUAUGCACCGAGGCAGUGGCGCCACAGGAUCGAAAUACCAGCAGCCAAUUGCGUCAGUCUGACGACUCCAACUGUGUGGGAGUUGAAGAAGCAAAGCCUAAGUAAGAGUCGUGGCUUGUGCAGAGUGUUAUCGGUGAGCUCAAUCCAUGAUGCCGUCAUUGGCUCUCGGUGA